CAGCAGCCGUCGAGACGAGUCUCUGUCUCUGAAAGGAAAUUCAGACUGACUUCAUCAGGUCUUUCUCAACAACACAGCAGAGUCUCUGCCAAACACUGGCCCACUAUACAGCAGCCCACUGGAACUGCUUCAAACUGCCUCUCAGUCCGUUCUCAGGACUUUAGGCUGUUUCACAAUAAAAGCUUUCUACCAGUGAACCAGCAGGAGGCUUUUAAUGUGAGCAGCUAGAGGAAAUGCAAUAUGUGCACCAUCAAAUAUGGUUGCUACAAACUCUCUGAGAUCUGAAGAUCAGUUCCUGUGCUCCAUCUGUCUGGAUGUGUUCACUGAUCCUGUCAGCACACCAUGUGGACACAACUAAAAACUGCAUCAGCAAACACUGGGAUAUUAAUGUCCCAUGCUAGUGUCCGAUGUGUAAUGAGGUUUUCAACACGAGACCGAAGUUGCGGGUCAACACUUUCAUCUCUGAGAUGGCUGCUCAGUUCAGACAAUCAGCUCAGCAGGAAGCCUGCAGCAGCAGCAGCAGCAGCAGCUCAGAGCAACAAGAGUCCAAACCAGGAGAAGUUCCCUGUGAUGUCUGCACUGGAACCAAACUGAAGGCCCUGAAGUCCUGCCUGGUGUGUCUAGUCUCCUACUGUGAGACUCACCUGGAGCCACAUGAGGGGGCUGUAAGGAGAGCUGUGGCUCAGCUGGAGGAGACGCUCAGUAAAGAGAUGAAGAAGCUGUUUGAGUCUGAGCUGAAGAGGGUCCAGCAGUAUGCAGUGGAUGUGACUCUAGAUCCUGAUACAGCACAUCCUAAACUCAUCCUGUCUGAUGAUGGGAAACAAGUGUAUGAUAGCAAUGUGGAGAAAAAUCUUCCAGACAAUCCAAAGAGAUUUGAUACUUGUGUUAAUGUCUUAGGAAAGCAGAGUUUCUCUUCCGGCAAAUUUUACUUUGAGGUUCAGGUUAAAGGAAAGACUGACUGGGAUCUAGGAGUGGCCAGAGAGUCGAUCAACAGGAAGGGAGACAUCACACUGAGACCUAAGAAGGGUAACUGGACUGUAGGGUUGAGAAAUGGAAAUCAGUACAGAGCUCUUGCUGGCCCUUCAGUCCGUCUCUCUCUGAAGUCUCGGCCUCAGAAGGUGGGGGUGUUUGUGGAUUAUGAGGAGGGUCUGGUCUCCUUUUAUGACGUAGAUGCUGCAGCUCUUAUCUACUCCUUUACUGGCUGCUGCUUCACUGACAAACUCUUACCAUACGUCGGUCCCUGUAAUAAUGAUGGUGGUAAAAACUCUGCCCCUCUGAUCAUCUCUCCUGUCAGAGUAAACUAAUCACUUCUUAUUUUUUUAUGUAUUGAUGUAUUUUUAUUAAAAGUGAACAAAUGUACAUAUUUAGUUUUACAUCGUAGAGUUUAAAUCUUGUUUUCUGCAGAAUCUGUUUACUGUGACUGAUCUACACUUUAUCUAAAAUUUAUUAUUAUACAGUAUCUCUAAGUGAGUACACCCCUCACAUUUUUGUAAAUAUUUUGCAAUAUCUUUUCAUGAGACAACACUGAAGAAAUGACACUUUGCUACAAUGUAAAGUAGUGUACAGCUUGUAUAAAUAAACUGUAAAUUUGCUGUCCCCUCAAAGUAACACAUCCACAACAGCCAUUAAUGUAUAAACUGCUGGGAACAAGUGAGUACAACCCUAAGCUAACUAACCCUAACCCUAAGAGUCUACACAAUACAGUAUAUGUUAUUGUUGGAGCUGUUACGGCCCUUGAGCCCUGUGUCUGUGUACUGCUGCUCGUCUGUGCCCUGCAGGUCCUGCCCUUCCCCCCUCUAAUGUUGCAGCCAGGAGGCUAGGGUGCACACCUGUCCCCAGUUACAAUCAGCGGGAGCGCAGGAGCCGGUAUAAGGAGCAGAAAGCAGGCAGACUGGGUGUGGAGAGUGGGGAGUGCAGACGGCAUGGUGAGCUGGGUGAAACGACAGUGCAGCAAGCGAUAAGUCUGAACCUUGUGGUGGGGUUCACUCCCUCAGUGGAGGGAGGGCGAAAUUCGUUAUUGUAUCCUGUGUUGUUUUCUCAUUUGUGGCAUUUGUGGGCGCUUCCUUGUUUUUGGGAAGUUGUUUUUUGUAGACCCUCCCUGAGGGUACCUUAGCUUUUUUUGUCUCCUCUUUGUAAAUAAAACGCGUACGACCUGUAAAAGCUGUCUCCUGGCUUCCUUCAACCUGGAAUGAUUCUAUUAUUGUCACUAACCUCCUCAUCCCCUGGACUUUCCACUGGAGGUUCGUAACAGGAGCAUAAAAGGUUAAUGGACAAAGUUAAUUAGUAGAAUGGAAAUUUAAUUUUCUGUUUUGGUUAAUUACUGGACACUUUUAUUUGUUUCAUGAAUUCUGGUCAGAUGAAUUAUGAGUCAGAGAAAUCUGUAAACAAGUGAUUGUAAAAUAAACUAGUUGUUGAACA